AUGGUACAUAACACAUUAGCCCAUUUCUUAUUAAUAAUACAAUUUAUACAAGUUACAGAUUAUAAAAUUUUAAAACCCAACAAACAAAGAGUGAACAUGUCAAUAUCCAGAUGUGCAUCUUAAUUUAAUAAUAAUAUUGAAUUAAACAGGAAAACCUACUCCAACUUCUGGCCAAGUUUUAUACCUCAAACGGGCGAUUUCCAUUGGAAUCAACUGAGAAAGAGGUUUGUCAAGUUUAUUAAUUAAAAUAUAUAGUUAUACUUUUUAUCAAACAAACAAGUAGCAUAGAUGACCAGUCGUGUUUUCCCUGCAAACUGUCUCAUGACGAAAAUGGUUGUGGACGAGCUCACUACCACUGUCCAAAAUGUCAAAAGAGAGUAACAAAUCGCAACAGAUUUGCCAAACACCUUGAAAGUCAUUUCAAACCCGAAAUAAGUGACGUGGAAAUGACGCCCAUAAGCCCAAAGCUUUUGGAAGAGAAAGAUACCACGUUUGAUACAGAGCCAGUCAACGAGCCAAAACCCAAGAGGCAAAAAUCAGAAAGGAAAGAGUGUCCAAUAUGCAAAAAGGUAAUGGAUGUCCGAAGUCUACUGAGGCAUCAAAGGGACAUUCACAAAGAAAUAGUUCCAACUAAUGUUUGUGUUGAUGAGAUGAAGGGGUUAUAUAUGGUUCGCAAGGGAGGCGUAGCUUAUCCAGUUCACGUUCAGAAAUGUGUUCGGCCUCUAAGUGAUGUGAACGGUAAACAAACUCAAUUUUGUGAAAACUAUAGUUGCAGAGUUUAUAUGGAGGUUGCAUGUAGAAGUGGAAUGAAUGCUGUCGAGUGUCAGCACAUUAGGGAAGUAGGUGUGAAUACAACAUAUAAGGAAGAGGUUCAUCUUCAGGAAAGUGACCUUAACGGCCUUUCGCAGGAAGGAACAUUCAACAUUUUAAAACAAGAACGAAUUAAGCAAUGCAUAUCACUAUCCAAAGCGGCAUCGUCAAAUAAUGCAGUGUUAAUUGUAAGUUUUGAAGAUGGUGAAAGAUAUAUCCACUUUUCUGUAUAUGAUGGUGCCAUUCACUACUAUUCUAAAUUGGGAAGGGUUAUUGUAACCUGCAAUCUAAAGAAUGGGUAUCUGGAUUGUGGAUGUUGUCAUCAUAAACGUGGUUGCACACAUAAGGCUAUCUGUUUGUGGUAUUUGCAUGGUAUUGACAAGUUGGAGCAGUUCCGUGGUGUUGUUGAAGACGAUGAUGAUGAGUUAGGAGUUCCAAAGCAAGAACAACUGUCGGAUGUAGACCAAAUUUGUGAGCAAAGUAAACUUUUUUAUCCUCCCGCCGACAAAGAUACUGUUGCAAACAUGUGCAAAUACCUAAAAGAUCAUACGAAAUUCCCCCUGUCGGCUAAUCAAGAUAAGUCAAAAGCCAUUCCUCGGAGAUACACACCCGUGGAAAAGGAAUGGCUGUUUUGUAAUAUUCGUCUAAGCAAGCCUAUACGAAUUACUACAAAGGCCACUGUGGUAACGAUGGAUUCUAUUACAACAAACGUAGAAACUUAUUUCUCUAAAUGUGAAUCUUGUGGCAUGUGUUUCCGCUAUCAAGAAUACACCGAAGGUGUGCAUAAUUAUAAUGAUACAUUUCUCAUUGGAUUGGACGUGUGUAUCCAUUUAAGAGACAGUCUUCAAUGUCACAUCCCCAUUGGUAGUGCGACUGAACGUUUGGAACGAAGUCUAAAAACGAAGCCAAAUGGUCGAACGAUCUUCAACACACUUUUCUUCAUUUCGAUGCCUUAA